CGCCUUCUCCCAACUUUUGUUUACAUCGGAGACAGAGGAGCGAUCGAAAUUAAAUUUUCCAUUUAUUUUAAUUUCGUUGAUUUGUAUUUAAAACGAUGUGUCUUCCUGCUUGUGCUAGUGAGAUUUCUUCUCGUUAAGCUUUUGAAAAAUAAUGCUGCCUUCCAUCCAUUAAAUAAAUAUUUUAAAAUAAUAUAGAAGAUGGAACAAAUAGACUAUAAAGACUUGAGCCCAGUCGAACGUCGCAAUUUCGUUAAAAUAAUUGAAAGCAGGAGAAGAAAUUACGGCGCAAGUAAAGGUACUUCUGAUGUUGAAAGUUUGAAGAGGCUGUCGAUGAAAACAAUUGCCCGGAGCUACAUGUUUUUCAUCAAACAAAAACCUAAUUCACUGAGGCACUUGCCUGAUACUCUCAUCCAAGAGUUCCUUGAAUUGAUAAGUGGUGAAAUAACGAUGAUUCCAAUUUUCGAAAGAUUGUUUCUGAAGAAACUGCUGAACUCGAACACAACCAAAUUUGACGGAUGCGAAUUUUCCUGGGGAAUGAAAUUCCAUACGUGGGACGAUAUUUUCAGCCACCUUUUGAAAAAUUGCCCAAAAGUUUACAAAAUUGUCCAGAAUGAUGAAUGGCAUUACGAUAUUUAUAGUCCAGACUGGCCCAUGGAAGAUUUGCUCCGGUGGACAAAGUUGGAGCACGCCAGUCUCUCCAGCUACGUCUGCUCUGACGAACACUUGGAACUAAUUCAACAGCACUUGCCUCGACUCAAGCACCUCGAGAUAGGAAUGGGGAAAAACACAGAAAAAGCUGUCAACGCUUUUUCAAAAAUGCAGAAUCUCAAACACCUCGGCAUCACAGCAGGCUGUCGAUCUGCUGAGAUUGAUUUUCCACUUCUGGCGCACUGCGUCGGUCGAACGCCCAAUCUGCAAAGUUUUCAUCUUCAUGAAGCCCACUUGAGCUAUACUGGCCAGUUUGAUUUUGUCUUGAUGUUCUGGAAAAUGUAUUGGUAUAAAAAAAUCACCAUCACACAAAUGACUGUAAAUCUACCAAUCAAAAUUAACUGGCCGUCCAAUGUGUCUGUUGAAAACCUUCACGUUGAUAUUGAUCAAAGCUCAGCAGUGUAUAUCAAGAGACUGUCUUCUGUUCCUUGCUCGCCUGCAGGGCUUGUUGUGACUGCUGACCCCGUUUAUAUUUACUUGCUAGUUGAAAUCCUUGGGCAGAACACCAAAUCCAUUGAAAUCAAUACACCUCGAUUGGAAUCGGAGAAGGUGCCCCUUGACCUAUCAGUCGUUCUUAAGCACUGCCCAAAGUUGGAAAAUCUGCGCUGCUUCUCUGAUGGCUUCUCCCUACCUCAUAACAUCAGAAAGUCGCCAGAACUGUUCAGAAACUUGAAAAAUUUUGAGUUCAUCACUUCAACAAACACUUGGAAUCAAGUUCUCCAAGACGACUCAAAAGCAAAUGAAUUUUACAAACAGUUCCUGCUUGGCUCAGAACGCCAUGACUGCAAAAACUUUGAGGUUAGCAACCUGGGCCAAAUUCUUGCUAUUUCGGAGGCUCUAGCGGUACGGCCUGAGUGUUUGAAGCUUCUAGAAAAUGUCAGUGUGCUUUUGUACAAUUAUUCAAUGUUGGAGGCGGCUCUGAAGAUGGUCCAGUGCCUGAUCUUCUGCUCUCCAAAUCUCAAGAAAGUUUAUAUUUGCUUUCUGCUCAAAACAACCUCAUUCAUCCAGAGGGCCAUUGACAAAGACCACAGUUGGUUCAAAGAACUUGUCACUAAAGUUGGAGUCGUCUGCAAACUUGUUCCGGACCGCUCAUUUCCCGACUUGGCAUUUCUUGAAAGGAACGGCAAUUUCGGAGACUUGAUAAAUGAUGAUGUUUACUGCUCAGGGGAAGAGAUUGAUGAGGACGUUGUCAUGGAGUAAUUUCGGGAAGAAUUCAAUUGGUCUGCAGAAGAAAAUGUUUCGUUGGACCAACAAAAUCACCAAGUUCUUCAAAAUCAAGGUGAACUUAAGUGCAGGCUCAAGCCUAGAAUCGUCCCAAGUCUUCACUUCAACUCCAUUAAUGUUGUAGAGGUAAGAGUUGAAAGUUUGAUUUGUCUGUUAGAUUUUUGAAAAUGGAAUUGAUUUAAACUGAAGUAUUAUUUUAUUACAAUCAGCUGUGCCAAAUGUUUGAUUCAAAGUGGCCUACUUGAAAAUAUAAAAUAUUCUUUAAAAUGUUGCGAGUUCAAUUUUCGCACAUCAACAGCGCCAACCACAUUUGCAGGACACAAUGCAGGUGGGGGAAGCUCUACUUUUUCCUCUAACACCAAGUUUCAACAUAAUAAAAGCUGGGAAUUUUUAGAAAAAGUAAAUACAAUAGGCAUUGUUUUGUCCAUGGCCGAGAUGACGCCGUUCAAAACGUCCAGCGCUUUUUCCUAUGUGCACUGAAUACUGAAUUUUUUGUGCUGCCCUAUCGCAAUCGUCCAUGCACGCUAAUUUUUAGAAUAUUCAAAUGAUUUCAAUUGGAAUAAAAAAUAAAAAUUAUAAUUUUACAUGCAGAUUUUUCACACUCGCCCUUGACAUCCAUAUUUUUAUUCAACUCGUCCAAAUUUCCUGCAGCCAUUUUUUCCAAAAUCGCCAACACGCCAUUCUCCACCGUCAAGGUUGAUGCGCUCCGGAGCGCGAGCGUUGGUUUUUUUAUGUGGAGAGCGCGAGCGUUACUUGCUGCAAAGAGCGCGAGCGUUCCCAAAAUUAGCGCGCGUCAACCUUGGG